CUUAGACUUGUGUCAAAACCGAAGCCAAUGACCAAAUCCAUCCCAGCGCCGGGUGCCGUACCCGAACGUGUGCAUGUAUCAGCGGCACAGCAGCAAGCCCUGAUUGACAUGGCUGACAGCAUCGUCGCCGAAACACUGCAGACGUACGAGGCGUUCGUCACCAGCGAACGCCAACUGCCGCACGACCAGUGGAAGCACGUCAAGACCAAGGAGAAGGUGCACGUCUUCCGGUCCAGACGCGGCAAGCCACACAGUCAGUCCUACGACGAGAAGGAUCCAAGUCGACCGAGACUGUUGUCCGCGACGGCCAUGGAGCAGGCAGCGGCAUCCGGACGGCCACCGUUCUACGACGAUCCGGUUGAAGAAGAAGAGAUAAGCAGCAAAACCCAUAGUUCUAGCAGUGACACCGGGUCCUUUUCGUUGCUGGACGACAGUGUACUUGCUGAUAUCAAGCCGUCCCACGUGCCGCUUGUGGUGGCUACAGGCUCCAUUGACGGCACCGUUGAAGACGUGGCGUUCGGUGCCGUCGCCAAUACUAAACGCAGGUGGCUGAUACGCAAUGCGUACGUCAAGAACGAUACAUUCGACGGCCGUAAACUGCUUGCAACACUGCAGACGCCGAGCGAGGAGGACCCGUUUCGGUCCGUUGUGAUCAAGUGGGCGACGGCAAACUUCGGGCCGUUCAUGACACGCCGAGACUUUUUGUAUCUAGAAUCUAUGGGUAUGGCGUUCGACUCAGACGGUGAACGGGUGUUCUACAACCUCAUUCACUCCAUCCAAUUGGACGAGUGUCCACCUUUAGACCGCCUCAAUAUCAUCAGAGCCAACACUUCGAUCUGCUACAUUGUCCGUCAGCUCAACAGCGACAGCGUCGAGUUGUUCAACCGAGGAUUCGCCGAGCUUGGCGGCGAAAUGAUGGAGAGCUACGGCAUCGUCCUUCUCGGUCAGAACGUGGCGUCCUGUGUUGGCGUCGUGGAGUGCUCAAACCUCAAGAAGCUGAGCUGGUUGAUGUCUCGCCGUCGACGCAGCGAUCGCUCGGGUAUCGCCCCGACAAGCGCGUGCGGCGUGUGCCGCAAGUCGCUUAAGAACUUGGGAUCUCUGCUACAGGCUCCGUCGGGGUGUCCGAUUUGCCUGUGCGUUGUGUGUAGCAAGUGUAGCGUCCAGAAGAAGCUGACGGUCGACACGUCCAACGGGAUCACACUGAAGAAUUUUACCUUCUGCCUGUCCUGCGUCAUCGAAGCGCGCGAGUUAUCAGCAUGGGAAGUCGCCACUGCCCGCCUCGAGAGCUCGUAAAGAGACCAACUGAUUCAAUAGAAUAGACGUACGCCAUUCAUUAUUUAACAGUUUGAUCGAGCUAUGAAUAUCUGGAAACUGAAC